CUUUGUCUUUCGUUGCACCAAAUUUCCUUGUCGUGCUCGGUUUAUGGUUGUUUCAACAUCCUUCACAUUCACAAACAGAAAAUUUAACUGAUCGGAGAUUUAGAGCAGUGACUCGUGACUGCAAACAAGUUUUAGUGAAGAAGAGCUUAGUACUCCUGUACCUCCUCGAAGAGUCCAGGAGAUCGAAGUAGUUCCUUUUUCUAUUUUAUCUGUUGAAUGCACAAACGUAUUCAUGACUCUUCGAUGUUCAUGUAUCAGAAACUUUGCUAAUUUGCGAGGAAUAACAAAGAAAAAUGCAGCAGUGCGUGCUGUUAAUGUUUACACUUCUGAACGUAAACGUAAACUACGCCUGAAUCAAGUACAAGAAGAGCCGACCACGGGCGGAACCAGGACAAGUGUGGUAAACCGAAAUCCGCAAUAGUAUGUAGUGAGGUCACCGAACGGUUCUAACCAGGGAGUUUUUUUGACACCCAGACAGCAAAACGGCCGUCAGUUUUCAAGCGGCCGGAAGCGUUUUUUGACAUAAAAAAUUUCCAAUUAUCAAGCGGGCGGGGCUUUGAAGUCAAACAAGCCCGGUCGAAAACUAUCGAUUCGCACUUGAUAAAACGACGCAGGGGAGCCGGCAAAAGGGGCGCCCUUCUGAGGCGCCCGCCGCCUUGAUUUCUGGCGGUUUGGGCCGCCAAAAAAGGGGCGCGCAAAAAACUCGCCCAAAAUCAGAACAGCGAAACAGCAUGGCACGGCCGCGAUUUCGGAGCAUUUUGGGCGGCCGCGAAAGCGGCCGCCUUUUCGCCGGUUUCAGAGCCUGGGAGGCUUUGCAAAAAGCGCCGGCGAGAAAAAUAAAGACGCAAAAAAGAAAAAGCGCGCCAGACGCGCAGAGCCAAUCCGCAUGCUACGGGCCCGAUUUUUCGUCGCUUUUUGGACGCCCCCCGUGGCGCCCGGAUCGGCCCCAUAGCAUGGGGACUGGCUUUCGGAAAGGAAUUUCGGAAAUUUGCCAAAAUUUGCGACGCUUACCAAGCGGCCGCCAUACCGUGCGGCCUAACGUUACUCACGGCGGUAUGGCGAGCCCAGAAAAAGCAAAGCCGCGGCCAAGGCGACGGCCGGCAAGAAAACGCCCACGACCUCACUACCCCCGCCCCGGCGGCUAUAUUUGGUACAGGAAAAAUAACGUGCAGCUUUUGAUCUCCUCCGCCUUUUCUUGCCUCCGGGUUUAGGCGAAAUACCACUCUUCAGGGACCAGCAGCACAAUAAAAUCUGAACCACGACGAGGUCACAAAAAGGAGGCAAGCCUACCUGUAGCUGUACACGGCGUGCUGGUCUUCAAGAACCCAGUAGCAGUAGGAGCGGCGCCGUAGGAGACCAACCUCAUUUCUUCGUAGGAGCAGCUCAUAAGUAGCAGUCGGGUGCUGUCUUGCUGCCUAACAGUUGUCACUGCUGCUUCUUCACCAGAGCAAGAAACAAAAACCGACCAUGACGAUGUCCCAGCGCACGACGAAGCUGACCGUGCUGUCCCAGUGCGAAUCCGCACCGAGAAUAUCGAUAAAAGGAAGAUUAUCACACCAAAAAGUGUUAACGUUAACGGAAUUUGGCAUGCAGGAAUGCACGAGAAAUGAUGCCCAAAUUUGUAUUGCAUAGCAUGCACAAUAGCGAAAAUUUAACACGCAUGAGUGCAAUGCCCCAAAACCGUUCACGUUAGAACUUUUUUGCUUGAUAAAGAUGGAAGGACAGCAAGAAAGACGCGGAAGGACCGGGGCCAGGAGCGUACUAUUUGUGACUAUUGGAAGAUGAACGUAUCUUGCAAAACAUAAGUAAACACAUCAUAUGCCUUUUACCUGAAAUGCAAAUGUCUACGGUAAGAUGCGACAUUUUUUUCUGUAAUGGUCAUGGUCAAGAAACACAGCAAACAGAAAUACAAAUCCCGCAAUGACAAAACUAAAACUAUCAGGUACACCCCCCAGCCCGAGAAAAUAAAAUACCCCUCAAAGUCCGCACAAAUCCAAGGCCGGUACUCCACACGCAGCAACACGCUCGGGCCAGGUCCCGGACAGUACUACCAGGGUGACAAGACCCUCGGUGGCAGCCAAUUCAGCUUCGGAUCGUCGAAACGGCUCUCCGGGAGACUGCACCAUCAAUCACCUGGUCCGGGGAGCUACGCAGUAAAGGGUCUGAGCAAGGGACCAAGUGUCAAACUGGGGGAGAGAGGACGUACGUGUGUUGAUUCGUGAUUAUGUGUAGGAAUGUGUAUGUGAAUUUGUGUUGCAGUGUGUGGUGCAUGAUCUGCAUGACGACAGCAGGUGCUUUAUAGGCUGCCUAGUGUACUAACAAGUACCAUGGCAUCAAAGCAUAAACACUAUCAGGCUCUUCUCUCGGAACUGUCGGCGGCCCAGGUCCGGGUACUUACAUACCAACGGUG